GCCAGGCCUUUGCGGUAGGGAGUUGUUUGGCGUCGCUCUCAAGUUUCCCCCUUUACUUUACAUGUUGAAUUCACGGACCUAAAGAAUGGCAGAAGCCUAAAACCUGGGGCGUAAUUAACCCUCCUCAGCGUCUUGGUUUUGUCGAUAACACCUUACAGACUGAGUGUUUCUUGGCUCUGGAGUGCGGGUCCGCGGAGGCAGCAGCGGAGCUCAUGAUGCCGACGCUGCGAGACAGCAGCAUGUCCCACCCGGGCGAGAACUCCCACCAGGUCCGGGUCAAGGCGUACUACAAAGGGGACAUCAUGAUCACACAUUUUGAACCAUCAAUUUCAUACGAGAACCUGUAUGGGGAGGUGAAGGACAUGUGCUGCAUGGACAACGACCAGCUCUUCACCAUGAAGUGGAUCGAUGAAGAAGGUGACCCCUGCACUGUGUCCUCUCAGCUGGAAUUGGAGGAAGCUUUGCGCCUCUAUGAACUCAACAAAGACUCGGAGCUCAUUAUCCAUGUAUUCCCAUGUGUACCAGAGAAACCUGGUAUGCCUUGUCCAGGAGAGGACAAGUCAAUAUAUCGCCGUGGAGCCCGGCGCUGGAGGAAGCUUUACUACGCGAGCGGUCACGCCUUUCAGGCCAAACGCUUUAACAGGCGAGCCCACUGUGCCAUCUGUACAGACCGGAUCUGGGGUCUGGGCAGGCAGGGUUACAAAUGCAUCAACUGCAAACUGCUGGUUCACAAGAAGUGCCAUAAACUGGUCACGGUGGAGUGUGGCAGACCAAUGAUUCAGGAACCAAUUAUGCCCGGCCCACCAUCAAGUCAGUUGGACCCAUCUGAACACCAAGGUCUUCAUAAUAAAGAUUCGAGAGAAAGCCUGACUUACGAUGGAGAGGAGAAAGAGGCACGCAGCAGUAGAGAGACGGGGAAAUCGCCCUCCAGCCUGGGCUUGGCAGACUUCGAUCUGCUGCGGGUCAUCGGCAGAGGCAGCUACGCCAAAGUGCUGCUGGUGCAGCUGAAGAAGACGGAGCGCAUCUAUGCCAUGAAGGUCGUGAAGAAGGAGCUGGUCAAUGAUGAUGAGGACAUUGAUUGGGUCCAAACAGAAAAGCAUGUCUUUGAGCAGGCCUCGAAUCAUCCCUUCCUGGUUGGCCUCCACUCCUGUUUCCAAACAGAAAGCAGACUCUUCUUUGUUAUUGAGUAUGUAAAUGGCGGAGAUCUAAUGUUCCACAUGCAAAGACAAAGGAAACUCCCAGAAGAACAUGCCAGAUUCUACUCAGCGGAGAUCAGUCUGGCACUCAACUACCUCCACGAGCGGGGAAUCAUCUACAGAGACCUAAAACUGGACAAUGUACUACUGGAUUCUGAGGGACACAUCAAACUUACAGACUACGGCAUGUGCAAGGAGGGUCUAAGACCAGGCGAUACAACAAGCACUUUCUGCGGUACCCCCAAUUACAUCGCUCCUGAAAUACUCAGAGGAGAAGAUUAUGGAUUCAGCGUGGACUGGUGGGCUCUGGGCGUGCUGAUGUUUGAGAUGAUGGCGGGCCGGUCGCCGUUCGACAUUGUUGGCAGCUCUGACAACCCGGACCAGAACACAGAAGACUACCUCUUCCAAGUAAUACUAGAAAAACAGAUUCGAAUUCCCCGCUCGUUGUCAGUCAAAGCGGCCAGCGUUCUCAAAGGAUUCCUCAACAAGGAUCCCAAGGAGCGUCUGGGCUGCCACCCUCAAACCGGUUUUGCCGACAUUAUGGGCCAUCCAUUCUUCAGAAAUGUCGACUGGGACCUUCUGGAGCAGAAGCAGGUGGUCCCUCCUUUCAAGCCUAACAUCUCAGGAGAAUUUGGACUGGACAACUUUGAUGCCCAGUUCACCAAUGAACCCAUCCAGCUCACACCCGACGACGAGGAUGUUGUCAAAAAGAUCGACCAGUCGGAAUUUGAAGGGUUUGAGUACAUCAACCCCCUCUUGAUGUCUGCGGAGGAGUGUGUGUGAGAGACAUGACGUCUGUGCUCAUGAACACCACCCAAGCACACACAAUCACAUACUUGUGUGGCAUCUCAGUGUCUUCAGGCUGCAUGGUUACAAGACAACCUGGCAACAUCAAGCUUCCUUUCGAGGGGCCGCACAUGAACAGUAGAACGCUUAUUUGCCAAAACCAGUCUCACACUCUGCCAUUUAUAACCACUUGCCCUUAAGCCUACAUUCUUUCUUAAUUAUUUUUAUAUUAUGUAAAUCUGCGCUGAUGUCUUUUUUCUUAUUGGGGCCUCUAUCGGUAGCCAACACGGCCACAAAGUUCUUCCAAGGUUGCUGCACACGGGGGAGAGAAAGACGAGGAAAAGCCCCUGGGAGACUGAGCAUCCUCUCCUUCCAACUGGUGGGGUGUUGUCAAUGCAUAUUUUAUUUGUAUGUAAAAGAAACUUUCAUUAAGGACAAAUGUCAGACAAGGCCUUUUUAACUUCAAGCCGGACACACAAAUGACAUCUUAAUCGUCAUUUUGGAAUUGGCUUUGUCUCGACUAUCAUUCGGUAGAAGGAAAAAAAGAAAAUAAGAAAAAAAAAAAAGAGUACUCGUAACACUAGCCUUUAAAAAAAAAAAAAAAGAUAUAAAACAUCUAUAUAUUUUUCUCAAAUUUUAUUUAAUAUUAUACCUGUCAUAAAAGUAUUAAAUGAGUAAGAGAACUAGAUACAUAUUCAACAUCUGGAAAAUAAAGAGUGAGCAUCCCGUCUCCCAGAAUGAAGGAACCUAAACAGUAAAAUAAAAGAGAUAUAAUUCUGUCAAACUGUGAAUGAACGCAAAUGGGCUAGUAGAGCAGCACAAAGGACCCGCAUGCUGGAGCACAGGCUUAACGUUGCCGUGCAGACUUUCCAUGAAAUACGCAUCCACACUGGACCAAAAACAUUUUUCUGAAAAAUGUCUUGCGCUUGGUACGCAUUAGAUGGUACAGUAUACACAAGAAAAAUGUGCUGUCCUCAGUCAUAGAAUUUAUAUUUUCAUAUUUUUUUUUCUUAUUGUUUUAAAAAACUAUGCCUAUAUGAAUCAUUUGCUUUUAUAUUAUUUGUAUUUUCUCCAUUCCAUGUAUGUUUUGUUUUUGUUCAAAGUGAUUGUUAAAAUAACAUAUUGGCAACUAAACCCAAAACGCAGUGCAGUUUUCGUCCUGACAUGCGUCAUUAAAACGGUCAUCUCUUCUCCACCAAUGUACCACAUGCAGACAGGAGGUAAUUUACUGAAUUAGGUAUUUUCUAAAACUGCUUACAGAAUCCCUGGAAACUGACUCUUUUGUCUCCUGAAUGUAAUGACACUAAGCAAUGGUGCAUGAAGUCUUCCUGUUUGGAGCAUGUUUGGGGCUCGCGUGGUCAGUGGAGGAAUAUAUAAAUAACAUCUGUUACACUUUUUGUGUCACUUAUUUUUUUCUGUUGAAUCGGGUUUCAUUUUGAUUUUUGUUUUUUGUUUUUUACAACUACAUUAAUUCCAAACUGUAACUAAGUGUGAACCCAAUUGAAACACAGCUGUUUGUAUUUUUUGUGUUUUGUGGAUAUUUACCAUCCACAAAACGUAAUUAUUAGUGUUAAAGAGGAAACACAGAUGGUAAAAAUAAACAUUUUAUUUCUCUCUUGUGA